AUGGAUAGCAAGGGACUCACCACGGUAGAUCCAGUCACUAUUAUAAUCAAAGAAUGCAUUAAUUUAUCAACAGCAAUGAGGAAAUACUCCAAAUUCACCUCCCAAUCUGGAGUGGCUGCUUUAUUGGGAGGGGGGAGUGAAAUAUUUAGCAACCAAGAUGAUUAUUUGGCUCACACAUUCAACAAUUUGAACACUAACAAGCAUAAUGAUCCAUUUUUGUCAGGCUUCAUUCAAUUAAGACUCAUGUUAAAUAAGCUGAAAAAUCUAGAUAACAUUGACUCGCUGACUAUUUUACAGCCAUUUUUAUUAAUCGUAAGCACAAGUUCUAUCUCUGGUUACAUCACGUCUUUGGCCCUUGAUUCUUUACAAAAAUUCUUUACUUUGAAUAUUAUCAAUGAAUCAUCCAAAAACUACAUUGGAGCACAUAGGGCAACUGUGAACGCUUUAACACACUGCAGGUUUGAAGGCUCUCAACAACUCUCUGACGAUUCUGUUCUGCUGAAAGUCGUGUUUUUGCUGCGCUCAAUCGUCGAUUCACCAUACGGGGACUUAUUAUCAAACUCAAUUAUAUAUGAUGUGUUGCAAACAAUUCUUUCGCUGGCCUGUAAUAAUAGAAGAAGCGAAGUUCUCAGGAAUGCAGCCCAAUCAACGAUGAUUUCUGUGACUGUAAAGAUUUUUGCGAAAUUAAAGGUUAUUGAGCCCAUCGAUGCCAAUCAGGUAUACAUUAAUGACGAAAGCUACACAAAUGACGUACUGAAAGCUGAUACGAUUGGUACAAAUGUGCAAUCCAAAGAAACCGAAAUUCAAAAAGAUACCAUCGCCUCUGAUAUACAUGACGAGGAAGCAAUUAGCGAAGAUGAUGGCAAUGAGGAAACGCAUGGGCAUCUAGAGAAGAACGUAGAUAAGAUUGAACAGUUAGAAAUUGUACAGAAAACAACCAGAUCAAAUUCCAAAAUCCAAGCGUACGCAGAUGACAACUAUGGGUUGCCGGUGGCUAGGCAAUAUCUGAACUUACUAUUAUCGUUGAUUGCACCAGAAAAUGAGCUCAAACACUCUUAUUCAACUAGAAUUUUUGGUUUAGAGUUAAUCCAAACAGCAUUGGAAAUAUCGGGCGACAGAUUACAGCUAUACCCCCGCCUUUUCACUUUGAUAUCAGAUCCUAUUUUCAAAAGCAUUUUGUUUAUUAUCCAGAACACUACGAAACUUUCACUCUUACAGGCUACUUUGCAGUUAUUUACUACACUGGUUGUCAUAUUGGGCAAUAAUUUACAAUUGCAAAUUGAGCUAACCUUAACAAGAAUAUUUUCCAUUCUUUUGGACGAUGGUUCUGCAAGCAGUUCAAACCUUGAAAACAAGAACAAACCGUCAAUAAUAAAAGAGCUUUUGAUUGAGCAAAUUUCUAUUUUAUGGACUAGGUCGCCAUCUUUCUUCACUGCCACUUUCAUCAAUUUCGACUGUAACCUUGAUAGAGCAGAUGUUUCCAUAAACUUCCUAAAAGCGCUGACUAAACUUGCCUUACCUGAAUCAGCUUUGACCAGCACAGAGAGUGUUCCACCUAUUUGCCUCGAAGGUUUAGUGUCUUUAGUCGAUGAUAUGUUCGAUCAUAUGAAGGACAUUGACAGAGAAGAAUUUGCCGGACAAGAGAAUGAAAUGGAGAUUUUAAAGAAAAGGGAUCGUAAAACGGAGUUUAUUGAAUGUACCAAUGCUUUUAACGAAAAACCAAAAAAUGGUAUUCCUAUGUUAAUAAAAAAAGGUUUUAUUGCUUCUGAAUCUGAUAAAGAUAUUGCUGAGUUUCUUUUCAAGAACAACAAUCGUAUGAAUAAGAAAACGAUAGGUUUACUGCUGUGCCAUCCAGAUAAGAUAAAUUUGCUAACCGAAUACAUUCGUUUAUUUGAUUUUGCCGGAUUGAGGGUUGAUGAAGCUAUUAGAAUUUUGUUGACGAAAUUUAGGUUGCCUGGUGAAUCGCAACAGAUCGAAAGAAUUAUUGAGGCUUUUUCGUCCACAUACUGUGAAAACCAAAACUACGAUCCAUCCAAAAUCAGUGACAACGCUGAGGAUGACAUAUCUACGGUUCAACCGGAUGCUGAUUCCGUUUUUAUUUUAAGUUAUUCCAUCAUUAUGCUAAACACGGACUUGCAUAACCCCCAAGUGAAGGAACAUAUGUCAUUCGAGGAUUAUUCCGGUAACUUAAGGGGAUGCUGUAAUCACAAAGAUUUCCCAUUUUGGUACCUGGAUAGAAUUUAUUGUUCAAUCAGAGAUAAGGAAAUUGUUAUGCCAGAAGAGCACCAUGGUAACGAGAAGUGGUUUGAAGAUGCUUGGAAUAACUUAAUUUCUUCUACUACGGUGAUAACUGAGAUAAAAAAAGACACACAGUCAGUUAUGGAUAAACUGACACCUUUGGAGCUUUUGAACUUUGAUAGAACAAUUUUCAAACAAGUUGGACCAAGCAUUGUGAGUACGCUAUUCAACAUUUACGUAGUUGCAUCAGAUGAUCAUAUAUCGACCAGAAUGAUAACAAGUUUGGAUAAAUGUUCAUUUAUUGCUGCCUUUUUUGACUUCAAAGACCUCUUUAAUGAUAUACUGAACUCUAUUGCUAAGGGAACUACUUUAGUAAGUUCAAGCCAUGAUGAUGAACUUUCGACUCUAGCAUUUGAGUACGGUCCAAUGCCAUUAGUACAAAUUACAUUUGAAGACACAAAUACUGUGAUUCCAGUUAGUACAGAUGCCGUUAGAUUUGGUAGGUCAUUUAAGGGUCAACUAAACACAGUAGUGCUUUUCCGUAUAAUCCGUAGGAAUAAAGACCCCAAGAUAUUUUCUAAGAAGCUAUGGUCAAACAUUGUCAAUAUUAUUUUAACGCUAUUCGAAGACUUGAUUCUGCCUCCUGAUAUUUUCCCAGAUUUGCAAAAAAGACUAAAAUUGGGUAACUUACCCAAGCCAUCUCCCGAAGUUUCUAUUAAUAAGAGCAAAGAAAGUAAGGGUCUUCUAUCAACUUUCGCUUCAUAUUUAAAAGGUGAUGAAGAACCGACGGAAGAAGAAAUCAAAUCUUCUAAAAAAGCAAUGGAAUGCAUCAAGUCCAGUAACAUCGCUGCUUCUGUCUUUGGGAAUGAAUCGAAUGUGACCGCAGAUUUAAUAAAGACCCUACUCGAGUCUGCAAAGACAGAGAAAAACGUUGAUAAUUCCAGAUAUUUUGAAGCAGAGCUUCUAUUCAUCGUCGAAUUGACAAUCGCAUUGUUUUUGUUUUGCAAACAAGAAAGGGAUUUGGGAAAGUUUAUACUACAAAAGGUUUUUCAGCUUUCUCAUACAAAGGGCCUCACAAAAAGGACUGUUCGUAGAAUGCUGACAUACAAAGUUUUGUUGAUUUCUUUGUGUGUGGAUCAAAGUGAAUAUUUAUCCAAAUUAAUAAGUGAUGAACUAUUAAAGAAAAGCGAAAUUUUCACCCAGAAAUUUUUUGCCACUAAUCAAGGUAGAGAUUUUUUGAAAAAGUUAUUUUCAUUAACUGAAUCAGAGUUUUAUAGAGAGUAUCUAUUAGGACACGAAAAUUUUUGGAAAUUUCUAAGGAAGGUUACAGCAAUGAAAGAGCAAAGUGAAAGUGUUUUUGAAUAUCUAAAUGAAUCCAUAAAAACGGACACAAAUAUUUUGACAAAUGAGAAUUUUAUGUGGGUACUAGGACUAUUAGAUGAAAUCUCAUCAAUGGGAGCCGUUGGUAACCAUUGGGAAAAAGAAUACCAGAAGUUGACGGAGAGUGGACAUAAAGUGGAUAAGGAGAACCCUUACAAAAAAUCAAUUGAUUUGUCACUGAAAUCUAUUACAUUAACAUCACACUUGCUAGAAGAUAAUGAUAAUUUGAAUAAAAACGAGAUAUUUGCUAUUAUCCAAGCUUUGGCACAUCAGUGCAUCAACCCAUGUAAGCAGGUAAGCGAAUUCGCCGUGGAAACACUACAAAAUACUCUUAUCAACAAGAUCGAGGUACCGUCUGAUGAGAUGGAAUCCGUGGAAGAGUUAAUCGAGGGCGGAUUAUUACCACUAUUGAACUCGAGUGAAACACAACAAGAUCAGAAAAUCCCCAUUUCGUCCAUAUUAACAAUAAUAUCGAACGUUUACUUACACUUUCUGAAGACGGGAAAGACAAGUAACGAAACGUUUUUGAAAAUCUUGGGUAUUUUCAACAAAUUCGUAGAUGACUCAGAAAUCGAGAGGCAGUUACAGCAAUUGAUUCUUGAUAAGAAGAGUAUUGAAAAGGAAGCUAGCGCAACAUCGUCCCAUCUAUCCUCACGCGAUCAAACACCCGCAUCCAGCGAUAUCCAAGAUGGGGCUGCGGCACCGAUUAACGAAACCACGAUUGAUGACAUUAAACCAGAGGUUUCAAAUGAUGACGAUAUAGAAAAUGAAGGAGAGAAAGAAAUUACAGAAUAG